CAGUGUUGUUUCUAAGUCUGUUUCACAUUUUUGUCUUCUAUAAGCUUUUUAUAUUUGUAACAUUUGUUUUUUUUUAUGUUCUAAAAUGUAAAGAUAAAUAUAUUGUCACGUUUUUUAGUUACGUACAGAUCUUAAACCCCCCAGUUUUAGGAUUUUUGGCUAGGAAUAAAUAUUUUGAAGGCUAGCUAGCUAGCUAAUAGCCUUACUUUUUACUAAUUUUGUUUGGUAUAAGAGGUUUUUCUCCAACCCAACAUUUAUUUUUAUGUCGAGGAUAUAGCCAUUUAGCUAUCUCAUAUAUUUACCUUAAAAGUGAGAGUAUAAAAAUUCAGUCUUUCUUGGGAAUCACGCCUAUACGAAUGUCCAACAAUGUUUACCUGGACUAACCGCUUAGCCCUGUGCAAGAAGCAAAGGACUGUUUCUUGUGUUUUCAUUUAAAUAGAGUCUGCAAGAAAGUUUUUUUCAAUUAUUAUCCCUAUACACCUGUGUAACACCAUUUAACUGAACUAAGCGUUCAGUCCGGUGUGACGAUUAAUUUUUUAACUUUUACAAAACCUUAUUCCGCAAAAUAAAAUAAUGUUGACCAAUUGUUUUUGCUAUGACGGAGUCACAACGGUUGUAAAUUGUGUUUUUAUUUCAGCCUUUGUUGCGGGAAAGUUAUUUUUUGAAAAGUAUGUUACAGUCGCAACACUAUAAUGGUGUGUGCGCUUCACUUGAUUUAGGACAUACUGCAUACCUGUACUAAAGCGCUCCACCUGACUGUGUCACACAGUUUGCAGUUCUUUUUAGGCGCUCCUUAGGGCGUUCAACAACAGUUACUUGUUGCUCAUCCCGGCGAUUCGACGCCGGGUUUCCCGGCUAGUCUAUAUUAUAAUACCCAUAUUCGUCUGUCCAUCUGUCUCGCAAAAUGGUAGCUAAGCUCCGCAAAUAGUUAGAAGCAUGCAAUUCAGUAUAAAAAGGAUAGGCGAACCCGUGGAUUUUUCCACGGGUUGACGACUAGUAUACUUGAUAUGAAGGAAAACUUUGUGAUUCAAAGGGAGAAGCCACCUCUUAACAAGAACAUAAUGAGCUCUCCGUUAGAUUUAUUCAACCAAUUAUCUUUCUUAAUGAUCCUUAAAGUUCUAUAUAUAGAGAGAGAACAGAAUUGUAAUUGUUAAACGUGAUCAUGGCUAUAGUAUACAGCCGAAAGCUAGUUAAGGAAUAAAAUAUGUUAAAAACACACUUUGUAAUUGUUAAUGGACAUAUAUAACCCACACUACAUGUUAACUUAACCUAUAUCAAUGUAUUUGCCCAUUGUCAGUAUUUGUUCUUACGGUUUUUAGUAUUUUUAUAGGGUCUUUACUUUUACAGAGGCUAGUGAACUGCUCCUCAGUAGUAGUUCAUCGAGAUUUAAAUCUGACUGCCCCUGAAUACCAAUGCAAUGGUAAAUAAAUCAUUUAGAGCAUCCAGAUUGAAUCUCACCUACAAAAGUAAUAUAUAGCUCGUAAAUGUUGAAUUGUAAUUAUCUUUAAUUAUUAGUGCGGGGUAACAAAAAUUAUUAUAUUUUCAUUAGUUUUAUUUACCGGAUUUACACCAAGCAACACUGAUAAAAUUUUGUGAUAACUGAUGACAUUUAUUUUGAUUUUUAAUUUUUCUAUAAAAAAAGUUAUAAAACUUUGUAGUAUAGCUAUAUCUUAUUAUUCUUUUUUUUCAGGUUUCAUGCAAUCUUAUUUUUGUGACCUUCUGAUCUAACCCACAUAAAUUUUCACAUAGUAAAAUGCAGAAAUAAUAAGUAUUUUUGCACAACUGAUUAAAGUAUACGAAAUUUUUUCUUAAUGGAAUUGCAUUCUAAGAUGUUUGCUUGUAUGGGGCUGAACUUAAGUAUAUUAUCUUUCCACUCACCCGGCUGAGUAAGUAAAAUAAAUUGCUAAAGCACUGCAUCAUGAAUGAAACUCUCACUCGGGUGAGGGCAAUUAAGUUCAGUCUAGAGUGCAACCUUUUUAGUCGUAAAAAGACCAAAUAAAAGAAUAUUGCUAAUUAUAUGCAUGAUGCCUCUGGUAUCUGUUAUUAUUCCUGUAUUUAAUGCAGCCAAGUAUUUAGAAGAGGCAUUUGCAUCUAUUCUUAAUCAGACAUGGAAGGAAUCUCUGGAGAUUUCAAUCUUUAAUGAUGCGAGCACCGAUAAUUCAACUGUUAUUUGUGAUCAUUGGAGCCAAGAGUUUUUCAAAAGUGGUAUUUCAGUCCUCAUUUCACAUAAUAAAACUGGAAAACCUUGUGGGGUGGGUUUUGCUAAAAACCAAGCUAUACGUCAAAGCAAUGGUAAGUAUUUAUGUUUUUUUGACGCUGAUGAUGUUAUGUUGCCUCAACGAAUUGAAAUGCAGCUUAAGAUAGCUAAAACAGACGAGACUGCAAUAAUUGGCUCUUGCUAUACAAGAAUACCAGAGAGCUCUACUCAGAGGUACACUAUUUGGAGCAACACUUUAUCACAGGAGCAAUUAUACACACAGGUAUAUACAUCAUUUGGACCAACAUUAAUUAAUCCAACUUGGUUUUGUUCCAGGAAAGUAUUUGAUGUUUCUGGAAUGUUCUGUGAAAUACAAGAUGGGUUCCCUGAAGACCUUGAGUUCUAUUAUAGGCAUCUUGAAUGCAAUGGAAAACUAAUAAAGAUUGAAAUUCCGUUAUUAAUUUACAGAUACCAUCAGAGUUCCGCAUCAUUUAAUGUUCAUGAAAACACAAUAUGGAACUUGCGUGUGAAACAACUGCAGAAACAUGUUUUAUCUGCCUGGACCAGUUUCACAAUUUGGAAUGCUGGAAAACAAGGUCGGAAGUUUUACAAGUCUUUAACAAAAGAAAAUCGAUGUAAAGUUGUGGCUAUGUGUGAUGUUGAUAAAAAAAAGAUUGAUAAAGGGUUUUACAACUGUGACAGGUUUAAAAAUGAAGAAUGUCAUUCACGUAUACCCAUUAUACACUUCAGCAAUGCAAUACCACCAUUUAUUAUUUGUGUUAAAUUAAAUCUUUCAAAUGGAUCCUUUGAAGAAAAUUUAAAAUCAUUGAAUUUGACGGAAGGUAUAGAUUAUUAUCAUUUUAAUUGAUGGAACAACAUCUGAAUUAUCUGGACCUGAUAAGAAAUGAAUGUUAAAACAAUUUAAUAAUAAUUCUUACAUGCGAGUAAUAAUAAAUUUUUGGGUUAUUUUCAA